AUGAAACAAUUUUUCUCACAAAAUACACAAAUACCACAGCAAGGUUUUAAAAUUAAUACACCCCAAAGCACACCAAACAUGGGACCUCAAUUUCAACCCUCUCAACAAUUUCAACCCCAACAUAAUAUGCAAUUUCAACCAAGAUUUAAAUUUGGAAUACCACCAAGCAAGCAAAUUAAAUUGCCAACACAGCAACCCCAACAAUUCGGAAUUAAACCACAACCCCCUCAACAACCCACAGGAUAUAAGCCGCAAUUAAGUGUAACACCACAGUUUGGAUAUAGACCAAACUUUACCCAAGACCACCACCUCAAUUACAACGACCACAAUUUCAAUCGACCGAUAUGGGAAAUAGAAAAAAGAGGCCAGAAGAAGCCAUCUAAGAAAAAAGUAAUUGAAGUAGGUAGCAAAGAAAAAUGUGAAGCUGGACCAAGUGGGAUAUCAAGGAAAACUCAUUCCGUGGAAAAAUCACGCCAAAUUAGUAAUAAUGCUUCCAUGAAGUUGUUUCAAUAUGAUUCUUCAUCAAGGCCAUCUACACCAGACCCAUUUAGUGAUGAUGGAGAGUAUGGUUCCGAUAACGACUAUGAUCCAGGAUAUGAUGAUAAUACAGACAGCACUAGCACUGUUAGUGAUCACACAAAGCAACAUGAAAAGAAACAACUAAAGAAACGUUCCAAGGACAACGCAACGAGGUCACAUGGUAAACGCAACUCUGAAAGCAGUGUAAGUAGCAGCUCUGAUUCUGACGAUCGAACCGAAGGCUUUAGCGAGUGCACGGAUGUAUGUGAUAGCGAUGACAACGAGGAUGAUACAAAUUCGAUAUCGGCAGAAUCUAGUGAUGAAAGUAUUUUUGACAGUAGAAGGAGAAAAAAGAAGGGGCAGAGUUCCUCUUUAGGAUGA